GAGGAGACAUGGAAAGCCCAAGACAUCAUGGGAAGUCCAACCAGGAAGGACACAUCUGGGGCUCCAUGAGGAGGACAGCUCUCAUCCUGGGCUCUGGGCUGCUCUUGUCUGUAGCCUUCUGGAACUCAGUCACAUGGCAUCUUCAGAGGUUUUGGGGUGCUUCUGGCUACUUUUGGCAGACCCAGUGGGAGAAACUGCUGUCUACAUUUGAAGGCAACGAGUGGAUGCUGUUCCUUAUAGGUGCUGCCCUGGUGCCUGGGCUCUGCUUCUGGGGCUUCAAUGGCCUCCUGCUGGUGGUGGACACCACAGGAAAACCCACCUUCAUCUCCUGUUACCGCAUCCAACUGGGCAAGAAUGAGCCGGUGGACCCCGUGAAGCUGCGUCAGUCUAUCCGCACAGCUGUUUUCAACCAGACUAUGAUCUCUCUUCCCAUGCUGGUCAUCUUCUACCCUUUCUUCAAGUGGAGGGGAGACCCCUGCUGCCGAGACCUGCCCACCUUCCACUGGUUCCUCGUGGAGCUGGCCCUUUUCACCCUCAUGGGGGAAAUCUUGUUCUACUACUCACAUCGGCUCCUUCACCACCCAACGUUGUACAAGAAAAUUCACAAGAAACAUCAUGAAUGGACAGCACCCAUUGGUGUGAUCUCACUCUAUGCCCACCCUAUUGAACACGUGGUUUCCAACAUGUUGCCAGUUAUGGUGGGUCCUCUAGCAAUGGGCUCUCACCUGUCCUCCAUCACUGUGUGGUUGUCCUUGGCCCUCAUCAUCACCACUAUCUCCCACUGUGGCUACCACCUGCCUUUCCUGCCCUCACCUGAGUUCCACGACUACCACCACCUCAAGUUCAACCAGUGCUAUGGGGUGCUGGGGGUGCUGGAUCACCUGCAUGGGACUGACAUCAUGUUUAAGCAGACCAAGGCCUACGAGAGACAUGUCCUCCUGCUGGGCUUCACCCCACUUUCAGAGAGCAUCCCUGAUCCUCCAAAGAAGAUGGAGAGUAGUAGUCUGCUUGGACCAUCCAGAGUGUUUCCUCACAAGUAGGAGGUGUGGAGACUGCCUGGGGGCCAUGCCGCCCUUAACAACUUGCCUCCUUUGGCCACCAUACUCUGAGGACUGUACCAUUAGGGUAAAGGGAAUGCAUGCUUCCUGUCGGGACAAGGCCAUGGUAUGAUCUGGGCUUCUCUCAAACUACUUCUCAUGUUCGUUAGGACCAGGAGUUGACUUAGGAAAGAAGAACUAGCUAUUUGGGCUGGAGGCCAUCCAAUGGAGAAAAGUCACUGAGAGCCUGGGGGAAGCCUUGGUCCUCGGCUCCAAUACCCCAAAGAGCUAGCUCCCCUGAGGCCUAGGUUGGAUACGGAGAAUGGGGUGAUAGUGGGACUGGAGGCUUCCUGGCUCCACACACUUCUUUCACACCCAUAGCCAGGGCACCCUGUGGUAGUCACAGGCCACAUGUGUUGACAUGCUAGAUGUGGUCCCUGCUUCCUACCAAGAAAGCCUGGGUGACUUUUGCCCUCCAAAGAUACAAACCCUUCAGAAGAAACAAUGACAGGCCACAAGAUUUUCUCGGUAUGACGUGCAUGAUUUUAAUCCCAGCCCUCGGGAGGCAGAGGCAUGUGGAUCUCUGUGAGUUCGAGGCCAGCCUGGUCUACAAAGUGAGUUCCAGGAAAGGCACAAAGCUACACAGAGAAACUUUGUCUCGAAAAACAAUAACAAAAUAAAACAAAAAUUAAGCAUUUGAAACACCAUAGGGUGACCCCAGCUUUGCACACUCCAGACACUGAUUUCAAAAACACAAGACCUUGCAGAUUGCUGCUCUGCCAGCCAGGCUCCCUGGUAAGGGAUGUCAGGCUUUGUGGGCUCAGCAUUACCACCCCCACUGAAGCCCCCUGGUGUGGGUGUGCCUGUCACCUCAUCAUGAGCCCACAGCCACACUGGCUGCAGUGGUCGCCAUCUGGGCAGGCUGUCAGAGGAGCUACCUGGGAUGAGAGGAUUUGGUCUCUAUGUGUCAUCCUGAGUGUUUCAGCUGCUCAUCAUCUAGAUAUUCUAAACUGUCAAAAAGGUGUGCCUGUGUGUGUGUGUGUGUGUGUGUGUGUGUGUGUGUGUGUGUGUCCACCCUCUAGGGCACACACUCAGACAAAAUGCAUGUGUGUGUAUCUGUGCACUCCUGCAGAGAUCAGAAGACACCAGUAUCCUUGUAGUUGGAGUUACAGAUGUUUGUAGGACACCUGGCUCACUAUAUGGUUCUGGGAUUAAAACUCCAGUUCUCAUGUAUGGUGAUAUUUUAUUCGUGCUAAAAUGUAAUUUUAUUUGUAUGUUAAUAAGUAAAGUUGCCUGGUGGUCAGAGCUAAUAGCAAGCCAAUUAGCAGAAGUCUGGCACUGGUAGCACAUGCCCUUAAUCCCAAUCACAUGGCAGGCAGAGUCUGUGUGUUCAAGGACAUAGCCAGCAUGGAGAUACAGGCCUUUAAUCUCAAUACCAACCAUAGAGACCUGGAAGUCUAUAUAGACAGACAGUUAUAAGGAGAUCAUGUGGUUGAGUUUAGAACCAAUGAGAAAGCAGAACAGAAAGUCAAUAAAAAAUACAGACACACAGGAAGUAGGUCUCUUUCUCAGGGAAGAAUGGUAGUGGCAGAAGGUGGUAAGAAGGUGGUCUCAGUUCUUGGCUACUGCUCUCUGAUCUCUGGGCUUUUAACUCUG